UUUCCAAGCUGCGCUUUUCGUUCACCCCCGCCCCCUUGUUAGGGCUGUCAAUGGCGAUGACAUUUUGAAACGUUAUUUUUUAAUGUUUGGACUGACAAAAAUGGCUGGAAUACGAAACAAAAACGGGAUACACCAGGUCACGCCCUCUGCGGUCAGUUCCUUACGCCUACGUCACAUCCAGUCCAUCCUGCGGGACAGUGGUAAAUCCAUUCCUGAUGGAAUUCUAUGCUCUCUAGGCAUUGAUAGCAGAUACAACCUGGGAUGCAGUGAGCUAGCCAACUACUUGUUCUUUGACUUGUACAAGCAAAACCACUUGGACUUAAACUUCUCAGAAUUUUUAGAAGAACUACUAGAUGAUGUGAUCCUUCUCAUCAAGGCUGACAGCGUACACCUGUAUUGUAACCCAGUUAAUUACACUUCCCUUCUGCCAUACAUCUCCCACUGGAGAAACUUGCAUAUCCACUGUAUGACUGAGGCAGAGUAUGAGGAUGAGGAAGCUGCAGAGGAGUUCAAGAUCUCCAGCUUCGUGAAGAUGGUGCAGGACUGCAGUCACAUCGGGGUGCCCUACAGCUCCCAAGGUCACGUGCAGAAGUUUGACAUGUUCCUUGUUGAGAAGUGGCCAAUCAUUCAAGCCUACGCCCUGGAGGGCAUCGGGGGCGGGGGCUUUUUCACCACGAAACAUAAGCUGAUUGACAUGAGUGAGAAGCUCUGGCAAACCUACAGCAGAAUGGAUCCUAUUUCCCUGGACAUCCUGUUGACAGAGGAUUUGGUGACAUUUGAGAAACAGUGGACCAGCUUUUUCUCCAACUUUGCUAUAGAGAGCUACUCAACCAUCUUGGAGCUUUCUGAAGCCCAGGCCGGGGAGCCAUUCCGGACUUAUUUCUCCCAUGGCCUCAUUUCCCGCCAAAUCACAAGUAACAGCCGACAGCCCUUCGUGCUCUUUGGAGGCCACUCUACCAGGGAGCACAUGGACAGUUACUGCUUCAGCUUCCCCUCCGAGAGCCACCAGGUGCGGAACACAGGCCCCCAGGGGACGGCAGCCAAGCACAUGGUAGUACAGUGUGUGUCACCAGAGGGCCCUCUGGCAUGUGCUCGGACCUACUUUUUUGGGACCACCCACACUCCUUAUUUAGGGAAUGGCAGCAAGUCCCACAAGAGGACAGAAAUAACGCUUCUGUCUGAGCUGUACAGCACCAUGGUCCAAGCAGUGCUGACUGGCAUCAGAUGCUACUGUAACACCUUCAGCACCACCAAGGCAUGGGAUGCAGCAGAGCAGAGCUUUCAGCUGUCCUUAGAUGCACACGGUCUGACCCAGUAUAAAAGCUCUCUCCUAUCGAAAACCAUAUUCAACAUUCAAGCUGUAAAUAAUGAAGGAAGAGUAAUUCCCCUGGAAAGUGUAGAGAGCAGGUUCAUGGUGAAAACUGCCUUCAUGGCAGUCUAUGACAUUCCUCACCCUCUGGAGGGUAGAGAGGUCCUCGGCUCCCUCGUCUUCUCAGAGUCUUUCCUGGAAUCCUGCCUCUACGUCCAGGAGCAAGAUGGCAGUGUUUCGCGAGAUAGCCACUUCACCAUCCUGACCGCUGACAUCCCGCGCUAUGUCUCCUGGCUGGUGGACGAGUGUGAUGUGAAGCUCUCCGAAUGUGUUCAGCAGCUGUUGAAGCAGGAAGAAGAAACCUGCCUUGGAGUGGUGCUGUCAGCAGGGGACACAGCCCUGAUGUCCUCCAGUGACCUACUGACCACUGCUGAGGAAGGUAAAAUCAGCUUCUUCUCCGAGGGGAUCCUCUUUGUCCAUCCUCAAUAUGGCAGUGUGACCUUGCCAAGGAACCUCAUCUGUGGCCUUAAAUUUUACCAAGGGGACUCGUCUAGGACUCUGGCAGCCCUUUUUCUGGAGUGCAAGAGUUCCAUACUCCCCUUCCUGCCAUUCCAGCUCCGUAGCGCCUCCCACAGUCUGGCUUUUGGCUUGCAGGCCAAGUCCAAUAGCUACAGGUCAUUUUGUGCACAGGUGCUCCCCGUGUGGUUGCGGCAGAAAUGUGACGUCGGGCAGAUUGUCCAGACAGUCAGCAGGGAUCAGCUGACCCCCGAGCAGAAAAUCAUGCUUUGCCGACUUGACCGCCUGUGUAAAAGUCACGCCCCCCUAACCACACUGCCCAGUGGCUCCCUGAAGGUCUCCAGCACAGCGCCCCCAGAGCUCGAAGCGUUCCUGCAGCACUUUGCCCUCAGCAGCCUGGGCCAGGAAGUAGUGCAGAGAAACCACCUGGAAGUCCUCUUCAGCCGAAGGGAGACCCCCCCUCAUCAGCACGCCCGAGACUGCAAGAUUGUGAUGACCAUUCUAACUGGGAUUCCCGGCAGCUGUAAGGACAACCUCUGUAACUUCUUGAUGAAUCUGAAUAAGUCUUAUGGAAGGUGGAUGGUGUACCGUCCCCCCCUGGACAGACACGAGGUGUUCUGCAGAGCGCACUUUCAGCGAUACCUGUCUUCUCUGCUGGAGAGUCAGAUGAACACUGGCCUGAGUCCCAGCAAGUGCCGGCUUUUGGUGCUCACCCCUGGAUACACGGAUGUGGCAGACGUGGUGCAGGCAGCGCUCGCCCACCCAGACCCCGUGAUCCGAGAUGCCUUCAGCUUGGGAGCCAUUACUGCCUGUGUGGACCCCCUCAGCUCCUUUAUGGAACACAGAUAUGCGUUUCCCAAGCUCUUGGAACAGUGCAGUCAUGGUCUGGUGAGCAAUGUAGUUUUUACGGGGCUGACCCAGGAGCAGAGACACCCUCUUCUGAAGCAGGUACAGCAGCUGGUGCGAGCUGCCAACCCAGGUGCCGCCUUCAUCCUGGCCGAGAAGGGUGCUGUGACCAGGAAUGAAGACGUGGAGCUGAUCCUAUCUGAGAGCAGUUUUUCAGAACCCCUGAUGCUAACGGCUCGUUACCUCCUGUACCCUGGAUUGAAUAUGGGGAAGUUCUGCUCCGGUGACAUGUCUCCCACAAUGAACCACCACUGUGUGACCUUUAGUCGUCCACUUGACCGGCUGCAGUUCAUGGCUAGAUGCAAAGAGUUGAAGCCUUUGAGACCUGACCCUUUCUGUGGAAAUAUCUACCACAUCUGUGGUAGAGUCAAGUUUUCUGACUCCGACAAGCUAAUGGAGUUGAGCUUCGGCUCAGUGAGUGGAACUCUGAGCAUGGUCCCAGCAAUGGAGGACUCCAGCCUGCCCACCCACAUCUGCUCCCUGCAGUUUUAUGGGGUGGACCUCACCAUGGAGGGCCUCAAGGACUGGCUGCGCCAAUGUACUCCGCAGAAAGCUGCAAGGAAAGCCUUAAAAACAAGGAAGACACUGACCCCUCAGGAGAUCAGGAUCAUCCACGUAUCUCGUCACUUACACCCUCUGCCAGUGGGGUACUUCUACAAUGGGAGCCAGUAUGUGACCUUUUUUGGGGAGAAAAUGACCUUUCAUCCGUUGAUGGAGGAGUUCAUUGAUGAGUAUUUAGAAGAAGCCAACAAAGAGAUUGAGCGCUUCAACCACCAGCUGGAGCAGCAGUGCCAGGGUGAUCUGUUUGACCCCUAGACACAACCGUCCACAACAUUCACAUCCUCCAAGGGAAGAUAUGGGUGGGUUGGGGAGGGGGGGUCCUACUACUGCAAUGGAUAUGCCGUAUUUAUACAAGAAGCUCACAUAUGGUCAUCUCUACAGCUAAGGGCAUAAACCUCUUAAUACAACCAUACAGCAGGAUUCUGUUCUGUAUAAAUAUGAGUGUCCUUCAAAGUGGUGACAGACUUAGUUGGGCAAAAUGCACAAUGAAGUCUGCAUUUAACUCUGGUCUUGUGGGCUAGUUAUCAGAUCUCCACAGAGUGUUAAUAUGAAGAGGCUGAUGAUAGCAACCCAAUACUGCAGCCACCUGUUAUCCUGCUGAAUUUAUGUUGCAACAGAUUCAUAAUGAGCCUUAUAUCACCUACUGCAGCGUAGAUAAGUGUCACACACGUUCCGGCUCUGGCAGUAUGAACAUGCAGUAUGUUCUGCAUCUGGCUUCUUCAUGGGUGACCUACAGAGAAUAGUAUAUGCCUAAAGAAAUUAGCUGUUCCCUUUAACAAUUUUCGUUAUACUGAGCUCCAGUCAUUGGCAGAACAUCACGUUUUGCUUCGGGAUUAUAUGGGGGGGGGGGGGGUUUGGAUUGGGUUGGGCAGCUCAGCUGAAGUUGGGGUAAUGAUUAUAGGCAUUCUUCUGGAAUGCCUGUGCUGUGUGCUUGCAGAGUUGAUCCUCUGCAACAGUAGGUUAGUUGCAGCACUGCGCUCCAACUGUUGUGUCUUUAGUCCUAUGCAUGACUUUCUCUUGUUUCAGUGACAGACCUAGUUAGUCCUAAUUGGAGGAGGGGUCCAGCAGUAUUUAUACGAUAGCUGAAUAUAAAUUUCAUUUUAAGAAUACAGUGUCUCUAAUAGAACUGCUUUAAGGUCAGAUCUCUUCAUUGCACAGCAAGCAUUCUUCUGGUGUGUCCUUCUUGAGAAUAAGCACACAGCAUCUGUAGAAUACACUGACCACUGGUCGCUCCCUUAAAUGUGGUGAACCCUGCAUCACUUGACUACCACAUUUUUUGCACUCGUUGGAAUAACUUCAUCUGUAAUGAUUACAUACCGAACUGUUUCUUUAGGUCAAACGUAGGCUGAUCGACUGACUUAGUGUCCAUCAUAGGUUAACCAUCCUCACACCAGCUUCAGGUAGGAUGAACUAGUUUAGAUCAUGUGGUCUGAAUUGCACUGUGUUUAACACAGCAUGCGUGUAUGAGGGGAGCGUCACGUAUCAUGAAUAGCUUAUGUGUGCCUUUGACAGAAUUGACCUUGAAGCUGAUCUAAUGCCUGUCCUCAGCAGCCUGGACUGAUGGGAUCAAUCAGCCCUAACAAAGAAUGCAUGCCAGUGAUAUGAUGACCAAAGACUCGAUGGCUCUGUAUAAAUGCUGUGGGCCCCUCUGCUUUGUCACUUUAUAGCGGGAUCUAAGAUCGGAACCUGACCAAACCCUGGGUGUCGAAAACAGUCAGAGUGCCUCUGAUGGCUCCUAGACCCCAGGAGAUGCUAGAGGUUCCAUCAUAGCGUCUCUAGGCAACAAAGCGUCUGGAAAAAUUCCAACUUACGUUGUCUUUUUCUAAUAUUAAGUGCAAUUUUAUUCAACAAGAGGUAACAUUUCUGUAUACCUGCCCUUGGACUCUUUAAGGAUUGAACAUUUUAAACUACCAGAUUCUUGACCCUGCUAACGUGCAGAUGUCUGCACUGUUGUCUUACAUGUUUUGGAAGGAGAAAAUGUCAUUGUGAGUCCCAGACAGCUGUUGGGUGCAUUGAGGGUGAUUCGGGUUUAAUCCACUUCACUCAUGCUUGGAAUCUGUUUGUUCUAAACCAAGCUUCCGGACUCAUCGCUUGCUUUGCUGCUUACCCUGAACCCGUGCCUUAGUUCAGCCUUCUCUGAUUACUUCUAUUCUUCUUGAAAUGUUGAAAUGUGGCUGGUGUUGAUGGGAUUAAGACAUUAAGAGCAUGUUGGGUGCAGCAUAGCUUAAAAUGGGGGACUCAAAAAUUGAGAAAGGAUGAAAUUGAGUCUUUCAUACAUGUGAUGAUGUAUUAUUGAUUUAAUAGGCCAUCAAUUGUAUGAAUAUUGCAGUCCUCAAAGGGUCCAAAGGGUAUAUAAAAUAUUUACUUCAGUAAAUAGUACUAAAAGGUAAUUACUCUUUAUGUACUUUUUGCAUGUGUUAAUAUAAGAUCUGUUUACUUGUACGAAAUAGCCUUUCACCAAACUGGUUCCUAAAAAGUCAGCAUUCUUAAAGUAUUUGAGAAGAAUUUCAUGACCUCUACAAAAUAUAUAUUUUUUAAUACUGUGAAUUGGUUAAGAAGUCCAGGACAUUAGUAUUUUAAUAAUAAUGUAUUAAAUAAAAAAUGAACCUCUGAGUGAAAAAGAAAAACAGAGGAACGUCUUUGGGGGUUUCUGCUCCAGCAAUGGCUUGGCAGCGGCCGAGCUGAGCAUCAUUAGGAUGCGUAUGGUUUGCCUCUCCUGCAGGGAUACAAUGAGGGCGGAGGGACCCUCUUAGCUCAGUCUUGGUGAAAGGAGUCUUAGUAAGCUGUUCUUUAGGAAGUAUUCUACUCAACCAGAGGGGAUGUGGCAGAGUGGGGACCCCUCCAGGUCCAGUCCAAGUGGAAACGAAUCAAGUAGACCGAAAACAAUGAGCACUAGCUGCCCCAGGGACAUUCCUGGUGCCCGGAGGACAGCUUGCAUCAUGUUACCAUGGCUUAAUCAGAAAGAUUGGAACAGGAGCGAUGCCAAUUCUGAAGGCUCCCCUCAGCGUCUCCCAAAGCGCUGACAGAGAUCGGGCGUGAUGGAUGACAUUUGGUAAGGGGCUCUUUCCUUGCGUUAGGUGGCCCCCACAGGAGCCUGGAGCACCCCUUCCCCCCACUGUGCCAGCCCCCCCUCUGUGCCACGCUGACAUAACCAAGUGCUGUGUGUUCUUAUAACGUAGAGGCUAGUGGUUUUGUUGCUGAAGUUAUAGGACAAAAACGUGAUUCGGAGUCAAAGGGAGGGGUUAUUUUUUGAUUUAUUUAUAUACAUACUUUUGUGCAAUGAAAAUAAUCUAUUGCCUUAGCAUUCAUGGUUCAAAUGUCAGGAAUUGCUCUACUCCUGUAACUCAGUGGUGUUUAGUUUUUAAGGGUGAAUAAUUUAUGUAAAGGGCCCAGAUUUGGAAUUUGCACUUUCUAAUAAGAACAGAAAUUUGAAUUCUAUAUAUUUAUAUGAUUUUGUUACCUAAUAAGGUGGCUGAUUUUGAUACAUUGAGUAUCUAUAAGAGAGGCUUGUUCCUGGACGGAAUCCCUUUAUCAGAACCUCCUCCCUCACUUUUGAAAAAACACAUUAAGCUCUGUAAACUGCUGCUAUCAGGUGUCCUGCUUACUUUCUGUAUUGGCUCGGUGCUCUCAAACCAGAGUGGACCAGUUUGGGCUGACCUAGGACUUGGGGCUAAAGGAAAGAGGAGCUGAACUCCAGAUCUCAGGCCAAGCAGAUACUGAUGACACUGGCUGCCAGGUCACAGGGGACAGGAGCACCUGCCAUGGUCAUGUAAGAGGUACUUUAAGUUUAGACUGUGAAAUUUUGUGAAGGGCUCAGCGCUUCUUACCUGCCUCCCGUCUCUGUAAUCCAUACCAUAACAGCCAUGGCUCUCAUUCCGCAAGCACAGGAACAAGCCUCUGAUGUGGCGAUAGAAGUAGACUGAAAUUGCACAAAGCCCUUCAAACUGAGAUACCAGCUAAAGACUCCCUAAAGGAUGGGUCUUACUCCAAGGUUUUCUGUUUGCAGUUUUUGGUUCUGUUUGGUAGUUUUAGGAUUUUGGGGAUGUUCGAAAUGUUUAUAAAGACUUUCCUUAGUCUAUAAACUCUAAAAUAUUUUAAACAAAACUAAAACUGACGUCAAAAACUUACCUCAAUACUGAAUUAAAAUUAUUUUUAGUGUACUUGAAUAAAAACUUAUUCUCAAGACUAAAAAUAACUUCAGGACAUCAUAAAUGUGACUUGAAAUGUGCCAUAUAUAUUUAAAUGUUGCUGUUACUUUGGAAAAAAAUAAAUUUGACAAAAACAAUUUCAUUGUAUUUGCACAAUGCUACUGUUUUUUUCCUAUGACUUUUUAUAGUAUAUGUAUCACAAGUAAAUCAUUAAAAUCUAUAUUAAUAUUGGUAAUUCUUCUGGUUUUGUAUUAUCCUAUGAUUCAGUUGUUUUUCUUUGUUGCAGGUUUUUCUUAUACAUUCAAACACACUGUGGCUAUAAAGCAAAUAAAAGGCUUUGUUCGCA